CCUGACUGGUGGAGAAUUUAGCAAUGGGGAAAUACCGCAGACUGUCCCAACAGGACAAUGCUGGGCCUGCAGUCCCCAGAGGCACCCACUUGCUUACCCAAUCCCCAGACAUUUCAUUUAAAAGCAGAACUGAAAGGAAGACCAGGUUCCUGAAAGGGUUAUUUUGACUUAGUCUGGCUGUAAAAAUGCUAUUGGCUGUUAUUUGGCAUGGCCAAAGUGCACCCAGAAUGUCUUCUCUCUCCAUUUAGUGCACGGAUUACUUUGGCUAAAAGGAGGUAAGCAGCCCUCUGCCCUUCCAGAGCAAGCAUGGAGCAACAGGAUCAGAGCAUGAAGGAAGGGUACAUGCGACAAUUUUACAAUGAGACCUACCAGGACAGGACUGGUGAAAUCAUGGAAGACUUCCCCUUGACGUUGCUCUGGUCUUUAACUGUGUCCAUGUUUCCCUUUGGAGGCUUCAUCGGAUCCCUCCUGGUCGGGCCCUUGGUGAAUAAAUUUGGCAGAAAAGGGGCCUUGCUGUUCAACAACAUAUUUUCUAUUGUGCCUGCGAUCUUAAUGGGAUGCAGCAAAGUCGCCAAGUCCUUUGAGCUUAUCAUUAUUUCCAGACUUUUGGUGGGAAUAUGUGCAGGUUUAUCUUCCAACGUGGUCCCCAUGUACUUAGGGGAGCUGGCCCCUAAAAACCUGAGGGGGGCGCUUGGGGUGGUGCCCCAGCUCUUCAUCACUGUCGGCAUCCUCGUGGCCCAGAUCUUCGGUCUUCGGAAUCUCCUUGCAAAUGAAGAUGGCUGGCCGAUCCUGCUGGGGCUCACUGGGGUCCCCGCGGCGCUGCAGCUCGCUCUGCUGCCCUUCUUCCCCGAGAGCCCCAGAUACCUGCUGAUUCAGAAGAAAGACGAAGCGGCCGCCAAGAAAGCCCUGAAGACACUGCGCGGCUGGGACUCCGUAGACGCGGAGGUGGCCGAGAUCCGGCAGGAGGACGAGGCGGAGAAGGCCGCCGGCUUUAUCUCCGUGCUGAAGCUGUUCCGGAUGCGCUCGCUGCGCUGGCAGCUGCUAUCCAUCAUCGUCCUCAUGGGCGGCCAGCAGCUGUCGGGCGUCAAUGCUAUAUACUAUUACGCGGACCAGAUCUACCUGAGCGCCGGCGUGAAGGAGGAGCACGUGCAGUAUGUGACGGCUGGCACCGGGGCUGUGAACGUGGUCAUGACCUUCUGCGCUGUGUUCGUGGUGGAGCUGCUGGGUCGGAGGCUGCUGCUGCUGCUGGGCUUCUCCAUCUGCCUCACAGCCUGCUGUGUGCUCACCGCGGCUCUGGCCCUGCAGGACACGGUAUCCUGGAUGCCAUAUAUCAGCAUCGUCUGUGUCAUCUCCUACGUCGUAGGACAUGCCCUUGGGCCCAGUCCCAUCCCCGCGCUGCUCAUCACUGAGAUCUUCUUGCAGUCCUCUCGGCCAUCCGCCUUCAUGGUGGGGGGCAGUGUGCACUGGCUCUCCAACUUCACCGUGGGUUUGAUCUUCCCGUUCAUCCAGGAGGGCCUCGGCCCGUACAGCUUCAUUGUCUUCGCUGUGAUCUGUCUCCUCACCACCAUCUACAUCUUCCUGAUUGUCCCCGAGACCAAGGCCAAGACGUUCAUGGAGAUCAAUCAGAUUUUCACCAAAAUGAAUAAGGUGUCUGAAGUGUACCCAGAAAAGGAGGAACUGAAAGAGCUUCCACCUAUCACUUCAGAACAGUGACUCUGGAGAGGAAGCCAGUGGAGCGGGUCUGCCAGGGGCUUCCUCCUUUGGCCUGUUUUUCUGACUUCUAGCUGUCUGUAAAUAUCCAGAAAUAAAACGAGUCUGACGUGGAAUGCAGCCCUCAUCUCCAGCCUCCCCACCCCAGUGGGAACUGUGCAAAGGGCUUCCUUGCUGUUCUUGAAGCCGGGCUGUCUCUCUCCAGAUUGGCCCCUCACCAGCCCCGAGUCAAGUGAACAGCUGGUCUUCCACCUUGCUGGGUCAGCCUUUGUGUGGCUCCUGGUAACGUAACAAAAACAGUUACUAUAGUGGCAAAAUGGAAGGAACCAAAUUUUGCCAGAUAAACUGACUCUGUGGCCCCGACAGAUCUUCUGGGGCCCUGAGCAUUUGUUUAGAGCCAAAUUCAUCCUCUUAUCAGAUCCUCUUCCAGAAAUACCUAUCUAGGAAGGUGUGAUGUCAGAAACAACGACAUCCAGAAAGCUCAGGAACAGGUGCCUGUGGAAACACUGAGUCAGAAUUCUUAAUCCUAAAUUAUAUUAUUAGUGGAAAAUGGAAUUGCUUCUGUAUAGUCAAUAAAAUGAAUCUGAUCACUUUUCAA